GCGCCGGCGGCUGCGGCGAGGGCGGCGGUAGCGGCGGGAGUUGAGGCUGACGGUGGGCCUCGGGGCUCCGGAGCGCGACGCGGCCUAGAGCGGCCGACAGCGGGUAGGGUCGAGGAGGUGCGCAGUUGCCGCACUGGUCCGCCAUGGAGAUGGAGAAGGAGUUCGAGCAGAUCGACAAGGCCGGGAGCUGGGCGGCCAUUUACCAGGACAUCCGUCACGAAGCCAGUGACUUCCCGUGCAGAGUGGCGAAGCUUCCCAAGAACAAAAACCGGAACCGGUACCGGGACGUGAGCCCCUUUGACCACAGUCGGAUCAGGCUUCAUCAGGAAGAUAAUGACUACAUCAAUGCCAGCUUGAUCACCAUGGAGGAAGCCCAGAGGAGUUACAUUCUCACCCAGGGCCCUCUGCCGAACACGUGUGGGCACUUCUGGGAGAUGGUGUGGGAGCAGAAGAGCAGGGGCGUGGUCAUGCUGAACCGCGUGAUGGAGAAAGGGUCGUUAAAAUGUGCCCAGUACUGGCCACAGAAGGAAGAAAAAGAGAUGAUCUUUGAUGACACGAAUUUGAAAUUGACAUUGAUCUCUGAAGACAUCAAGUCAUACUACACGGUCCGCCAGUUAGAGUUGGAAAACCUGACAACGCGAGAGACUCGAGAGAUCUUACAUUUCCACUAUACCACGUGGCCUGACUUUGGAGUCCCGGAAUCGCCAGCAUCCUUCCUGAACUUUCUUUUCAAAGUCCGGGAGUCGGGGUCUCUGAACCCCGAGCACGGCCCGGUGGUGGUGCACUGCAGUGCUGGCAUCGGCAGGUCGGGAACCUUCUGCCUGGCCGACACGUGCCUCUUGCUGAUGGACAAGAGGAAGGAGCCAUCCUCAGUGGACAUCAAGCAAGUGCUGCUGGAAAUGAGGAAGUUCCGGAUGGGCCUGAUCCAGACGGCCGACCAGCUGCGCUUCUCCUACCUGGCGGUGAUCGAAGGCGCCAAGUUCAUCAUGGGAGACGCCUCGGUGCAGGAUCAGUGGAAGGAGCUCUCCCACGAGGACCUGGACCCCCCGCCCGAGCACGUGCCCCCACCCCCCCGGCCCCCUAAACGAAUCCUGGAACCACACAAUGGGAAAUGCAAGGAGUUCUUUGCUACCCAGCAGUGGGUAAAGGGUGAGAUGGAGGAGGACAGGCCCAGCAAGGAAGAAGCCAGCACCCUCCUAAACGCCCCCUACAGCUUGGACAGCACACGGCAAGACACUGAAGUUAGAAAGCGGAUUGCGGGCGGCGGGCCGCGAGGCCCCCAGGCAGCCUUCCCCGACAAGACAGAGCUGUCUCCACCCCACGAGGAGGAGGACGCAGAGCAGCGGCCACCAGGCCACGCACCAACUCCCUGGAAGCCCUUCCUGGUCCACAUGUGCAUGGCCACGGUCCUCACAGCGGGCGCAUACCUCUGCUACAGGGUGUGUUUUCACUGACCGGCGUGUGGCUGGCGCAUGUGCACGAGGCACCGGCGCAGCCCGGUGGUGGGAUUUGGUUCUGUGGAGCAUCUGAGCCAGUCUCAGAAGAAACAGGUUGCAAGUUCAAUAGUCCGCAGCAGCGGAAGGGCUACCCCGAGAACGGAGGACUCUGCACUGGGGUCAAGGAGCCCUGUGGUCCCAAGAAUAUAAGAGUCUAAUCUCAGGGCCUUAACCUAUUCAGGAGUAAGUAGAGAAAAUGCCAAAUACGUCUGUCUGUCUGUUUCUCCCUCUCCGUCUCUCUCUUAAACUUUUUUUUUCCUUUUAUUUUGGUUUGUUUUUGG